CAGAGGCUGAAGGUGCCCCGCACUGAUGUGUAGUGAGGCUGUGAAUUGAAUACUUUUUUGCUUGAGAUUUGUCCACCAAUGCCUCUCGAUUGUUCAAGCAUCGUCAGGAGGGGCACGGAGAGAAGACGGCCACGGCGUCACUGUCGGCCAAGCCCCACAGUCGCACAACCGGAGCAGCCUGUUGGCGUGACGGUGCUCACGAAAAAACCGUUCGAUGUUCAUGGGCAAAGCUGCGAGUUCCGGUUCUACAAUAAUGAGACCACUAUGGAUGAGUUCGAGCCGUACGUGGAGGCGAACCGUCGCCGCUGGCCGGAGAACUUGGCCACCAUCGUUGUCGAAGCGACCCGGCCCGAGACUGCCUGUCACGGCACUGGCAACCUGCCCACAGGUCUCCGCGAUCAGCUCGCCCGGAUUACAGCUAACCGCCUCCCCACGCACAUCAUUGAUUCGGUCUUCAACGGACAGGUCCGCCAGCCAUACGUCCCAGGCGAGCGCGGUAACGCCCGCGGCAAUGCUGCCUGGGUUCUCAAGUACCGGGGCGGGACUGGCCUCUUCCAUGAUAACCCGGAACCAAACUCAAAGCAGGCCGACCACUUGAUGACGGAGACGACGUGGGUCGGCGCCUGGGUCGGCCGCCAGGUUCUUGUCACUGCUAAACCGCGGCACGAGGAGAAACCAAAGCCGCCUAUGGCAGUGAUCAUCAUAUACCGGCAUCCGCGUCAUGCAUCGUCUGAUCCAAAUUACUACGGGAAGAAGAUGGCUGAUCAGUACACGACGAUGGGGACCAACUAUCGGUGGGCUGGCGUGCGCGAUCAGCCCUUAUUCCUCUUCAUGGAUAUGGACCGCCUAUUCAACAAAUUCCAUGUUAAUAUCGCGACAUCGAGCUUGAGGAUCAAUAAAUAUAUGGAUCCUGGACCAUAUGAUAGAAGACAUGGAGUCAUACCCCGGGUGGGAAGACUCAAGGAGGCCUUACUUACAUUGGCAGAGUUCCGAACCGAGUUCAAGACGCACGAACUAGCACGGAAGUCGAUGGAGAAGAUUGUCCAGUACUACGUCACGGUGGACGAAAAAACAGACCACUCCAGGCAGACCUCGUCUGACCGCCUUUGUGAUAUGCUGUACCAGCUAGGAAAUGAACAGGAGACAUUGAAUCUGGAGGUAGAAAUGCUGCAGGAACAAUGCGUCUACCUAAUGGACACCGAAUUCAACACAGUGGCCGCCCGCACCGAUGCACGACUAGGCGUCCUCACCGUUCUGGCAUUUGUCCUAACACCAGCCGGAUUCGUGGUUAGUUUGUUCAGUGUCAUCGAGAGCGGAACGACCCAGCUCAUUGUUAGCACUAUCAUGGUUGCAUUCUUCUCCAUUGUGGUCUAUAUCGCUGUUGACGGGCUGUACAAAUCAGCCGAGCGGAAGAAACUGCCUAAUGGUCUUUUCGCACCGGAAAGGGACCGCAUUAAUGGGAAUUGGUGAUGAGCGAUGGCGACACCGCUGCCGAAGAUUUCUUAUUAUUGAGAUCCUGCUGAUGUGGGGUAUGUAAAAUUGGAGUCUAAGAGUACAGAAUGAGAAGAAAUCAAAAGAAACACCAUUUCUAC